AUGAGUGCAAACAAAGGAACCGCAGUUGGUAUCGACCUUGGGACAACAUACUCCUGUGUCGGUAUCUGGCAAAACGACAGAGUUGAGAUCAUUGCAAAUGAUCAGGGCAACAGAACAACGCCAUCGUAUGUUGCCUUCACGGACAGUGAGAGGCUGAUUGGUGAUGCAGCAAAGAACCAGAUUGCAAUGAAUGUGAAGAAUACCGUCUUUGAUGCAAAGAGACUGAUUGGAAGACGAUUCAGUGAUCCAGCAAUACAAGAGGAUAUGAAGCACUGGUCAUUCACUGUUGUCAAUGAUGGCAAUGACAAGCCGUUGAUUCAGGUGGAGUACAAGGGAGAGACAAAGAAGUUCACACCAGAGGAGAUCAGUUCGAUGGUGCUGACGAAGAUGAAGGAGACAGCAGAGGC